UAGAAAAUCUCACAGCUCGGGUCACUCUACUGUAGGUAGAAGAGCGAGGCUAACUUGGCGCGAGAUUGGGACAUGCGUGCAAGUCACCACAAGCUCUCUCUCUCUUUCGCGCCCUUUAUAUGCCGCUCUCCCGCGCGCCCCAUGCAUCAUUCGUCUUCUUCCUCCUCGCGUCUCCUCCCCUCGUCUAUGGUCUGCGCGGCUCAUGGCCUUGGUUGCUGGCACGAGCAGCGCGGCGGCAAUGACGCUCCCGAGGCAAUGCGCGGCGGCGUGUAGGACAGGCGGCGGCGGCGGCGGCGUGGUGCGGUGCAGGGCGGUGGCGGCGGCGGGUGGGGCGGUGGCGGUGAGGGAUGCGGUGGUGGCGCCGGUGGCGAGGCGAGGGGCGGCGAGGAAGACGGCGGAGACGGUGGCGGGGAUGUGGAGGGAGGUGCAGGGGUGCGGGGAUUGGGAGGGGAUGCUGGAGCCGGCGCCGCACCCGGUGCUGAGGGGGGAGGUGGCGCGGUACGGCGAGCUGGUGGGCGCGUGCUACAAGGCGUUCGACCUGGACCCGGCGUCGCGGAGGUACCUCAACUGCAAGUACGGGAGGGAGAGGAUGCUGGAGGAGGUCGGGAUGGGCGGCGCCGGGUACGAGGUCACCCGCUACAUCUACGCGGCGGCGGACGUCAGCGUGCCGACCAUGGAGCCGUCGACGAGCGGGCGCGGGCGGUGGAUCGGGUACGUCGCGGUGUCCACCGACGAGAUGUCGCGGCGGCUCGGGCGGCGCGACGUGCUCGUCUCGUUCCGGGGCACGGUCACCCCCGCCGAGUGGAUGGCCAACCUCAUGAGCUCGCUGGAGGCGGCGCGGCUCGACCCGUGCGACCCGCGCCCCGACGUCAAGGUGGAGUCCGGGUUCCUCAGCCUCUACACCUCCGCCGACAAGACGUGCCGCUUCGGCGGCGCCGGGAGCUGCCGGGAGCAGCUCCUCCGCGAGGUGUCCCGCCUCGUCGCCGCCUACUCCGGCGGCGGCGAGGACGUCAGCGUCACGCUCGCCGGCCACAGCAUGGGCAGCGCGCUGGCGCUCCUCUCCGCCUACGACCUCGCCGAGCUCGGCCUCAACCGCGCCGCCCCGGUCACCGUCUUCUCCUUCGGCGGGCCGAGGGUGGGGAACGCGGCGUUCAAGGCGCGCUGCGACGAGCUCGGCGUCAAGGCGCUCCGCGUCACCAACGUACACGACCCGAUCACCAAGCUCCCCGGCGUCUUCCUCAACGAGGCCACCGCCGGCGUGCUCCGCCCGUGGCGCCACUCCUGCUACACCCACGUCGGCGUCGAGCUCCCCCUCGACUUCUUCAAGGUCGGCGACCUCGCCUCCGUCCACGACCUCGCCACCUACAUCUCCCUCCUCCGUGGCGCCGACAAGAAGCAGCCCGCCGCCGCCGCCGCCGACGCCGGCGGCGUGCUCGCCAAGGUGAUGGACUUCGUGGGUCGGCGGCGCGGCGGCGGCGCAUUGCCGUGGCACGACGCGGCGAUGAUACAGAUGGGCGGCUUGGUGCAGACGCUCGGGCUAAUCUGACAGAGUCUUAACCCACCACUGUCAAGACGGCUAAUCAAGAUUAACAGACCACUAAUCCUCUUCGACAUUUUAUUCGAGGGUUUUAUGGUCGAAUUUAUUUUUUCUUCUUUGAUUUGAUUCUGUAUAGAUAGAUCAACCAUCAUAGAGAUAUCUCAAAUCAAACACACACAAAAAA